AUGGAUGAAAGCGACUGCAAUAAGAGGAGAAAGAGCGAGUGUGGAUCAGUUGACAGAAUAAGUGAGUUACCUGAUGAGAUCAUAUACAUCAUACUGUCUUCUCUACCCUUGAGACAAGCCACGGCCACUAGCCUUCUUUCUCACCGAUGGCACCAUCUGUGGAAGCAUACUUCUAAUCUCGACUUUUAUGACCCCGACCAAGGUUUUUCCAAUCGCAUGCCAUGGCGUGCGGAGAAGUGCCACCAUGUCAAAAUGGUUAAUUCGGUUCUUGAAUCACAUCGAGCCCUUUUCAUUAAACAGUUCAAAAUUUCAAUUUACGUAAACAAAUCAGCACAUAGCACAAUCACCAAAUGGCUCGAAUUCGCGCAGUUGAGACAAGUUGAGAUAUUGGAUUUAAACUUCCACUGUAUGAAUAUGAGUGGAAAGCGUGCGGUUGUGUUAGAAGAUUUGGUGCGAGAGAUGAGGCCUAUGAAAUAUCUCAAGGCUCUGUCUCUGGCAGCUAUGAAAGUCAGUGGUCAAGACAUCUCAUAUUUCCUCCAAAAUUGUCCCUUGUUGAGGGAACUCAACAUCACAAGAUCGUCUUUCACGUCUCAUGUUCAUCUCUCCGGCGAUUUGGAGAUUCUUCGGAUACGUGGAUGCACCUUUGGGAAAUUCGUUAUCGAAAUUUCUGCUCCGCGUCUUUAUGAAGUUGUUGCCAAUGCUUAUGAAGUUGUUUCCGAUGCAAAACCAGGCGCCCUACGGUUCAAGAAUGUUCCAAGACUUGCUAUAGCAAGUCUUGUAAUGGGAAAUCUAAGAUAUAAUGUGCCCAAUUUUGCUUCAACAGUAUCUUGCUUUACUUCAAAUCUCCAAAAACUCAUAUUGUCUCUCCCACUCUCAAAACCUAAGAUUCUUUCAAGGGAAGGGCUUCCUUAUAUGCCUAAUCUAAAGGAGUUGUAUGUUGUAGUUUCGCGUUUCCAUGCGCACCACUGUCUUGUGCCGGUAACAUCUAUAACAUCGGCAUGUCCUCGUCUUCAGAUGUUUACGUUCGAGUUUUAUUUGUAUAAAAUAUCAAAUCUUGGAGAAUCCCCAGAAGUAUAUAAAUUUAAGCAAACUGAUGGCUAUGGACCACCAGAUGGAUGCCCACACCAACGUCUCAGAAUGUUAAAGUUUGAAGGAUCAUGUGCAAUCGAUAUCAGGAAAUUGAUGACCUGUAUUUCAGAUUGUUGCGAUGCAUAUCAAAAGAAAAAUACUCGUACUCCACAUAUGAGUGAGGCUGAGGUACAAGCUCAUAUGGGCCAUAUGCAACAACUUCAAUCCCAGUUACCUCAUCAAGUUGAAUUCAAGUUUAUAUAAUAUUAAUGCACUUCACUUGAGGUCAGCAGGCGCUGGGCCAUGGCAAAGCUACCCACUUUAUGUGCUCUCUCUUUCCCUCUCAACCUUCUACUUCAAGUCUGUAGUGUACAUAUAAGCCUUUGUAUUUCUUCAGUUUCACUCAUACUUGUCUCUCCUACUCCAAUCUCCAUCACUGCUUUUACCUUCUAGUGUGUUGCUUGGUUAUUUUGUCAGCUCUGAGAGAAACCCUUUUGCCCAAAAGGAGGAGGCCACUUCUUUGGGUGUUGCAGUACCAGUUCGAGGCCUUGAGCAUUGAGCAUGGGUUCAUGAGUUUGGUUUAAUAAUAUAAUCAGCAAAAUGAAAGUGAAGGGUGGGAAAUCAGGGAAAGUCAAGGCUUGAAGCUCUAAUCCAAAUCUUUGGUUUUCUUAGUUUUAGUUUCCUCCCAUGUUUUGGGAGUGGCAACAUCAUGACAUGUUAUCUGAAUAUUCAAGUUCAAGAUAUCUGAAAUUAUUGGGUCC